AUGCAGCUUUCAGAGGGAAUCAAUGCUGGCCAAGGACUAGGUAUCGAAAUCAUUGCUACUUUCCAGCUGGUAUUGUGUGUCCUUGCCACCACAGACCGAAGAAGGAAUGAUGUCUCAGGAUCAGCACCUUUGGCCAUUGGUCUCUCCGUUGCCUUGGGACAUCUUCUUGCUAUUGAUUACACCGGUUGUGGAAUUAACCCAGCCAGAUCUUUUGGCUCAGCGCUGAUUGCCAACAACUUUGAAAAUCACUGGAUCUUCUGGGUUGGCCCAAUCAUUGGAGGAGCAAGUGCUGCCCUGAUUUACGACUUCAUCUUGGCUCCCAGAAGCAGCGACCUGACUGACCGCAUGAAGGUGUGGACCAGCGGUCAAGUAGAAGAGUAUGAUCUGGAAGGAGAUGAUAUGAACUCCCGUGUUGAAAUGAAGCCAAAAUAAAGAAGGACGAGGGGAAAAAAAAAAAAAAAAAAAAAGCACAUUGGUUUCCGAAGAUUUUAUCAGUGUUAUAGACUCUUUGUAAACCAGCAAGCAGUACUUUGUUUUCUAAUUCAAUACGAUUUUCCAUUUUUU